AUGGUCAUCAAACAGGAGGAGAGUGUAGUGACCAACGGCUGGAAAUUGGUUCCAACACAGGCUGCUUCGCCAGCGGACAAGGACGGACAUCGUCCAAUGGAGAUCGACCAGCAGGUCACAUUCAACAUGGGAUGCCUGCCCAUCGAGCGACAUGGUCACACGACAUGCCUAUACAAGAAUAUCCUGAUACUGUUUGGCGGUACGCCCGACGGAUCGUCCGGCCUCAACGACCUGUUCUUCCUCUACCUCGACUCGCUGCAAUGGGUCGAGGUCAAGACCAAGGGUUUCGCCCCCAUGGGUCGCUACCGCCACAGCGCCAUCAUCAUCGAGGAUAAGAUGUACGUGUUUGGCGGCUAUAGGUCAAAGUGUCUGAACGAUCUCCACGUGUUGGACCUCAAGACGAUGACGUGGUCCGAGCCACAACAGAAGGGCGACCCACCCUCAGCGCGCUCUUCACAUUCAGUCUGCAUGGUUGGCAAGCGUAUGAUACUGUUUGGUGGCAGUGGCGCACGCUACUCCAACGAGCUGUUCUCACUUGACACAAUUACAAUGCGCUGGCGCAAGCAUGACAUCCUGGGCACGCCACCCAGUGAGCGAUGGUGUCACACCAUGUGUAGCUUUGGCAAGAAGAUCUUUGUCUUUGGCGGAUCCAACGACAAGAGAAAGGAUAACAAAGUAUAUAUAUUAGAUACAGACACAUUGGAAUGGUCACAACCACCAACAUCAGGAGUCUGUCCCAGCCCAAGACAACUACAUACAGCUGUAUCAAUUGGAGAGAUAUGUAUUGCCACUUGUGUUGCCAUGUGUUUCCACCUGUUGCCAGGUGUUACCACUCAUCGGAAACUAACAUCCAAUCCCACUUCAAUAGGAACAAUGAGAUGGGAAUCACCAAAGAUAGAGUCUAAUGUUACACCUUGCUGUAGACAGUUGCAUAGCGCAUGGGUAUACAAUGGCAAGAUGUAUAUAUUGGGCGGAUACUCAAAGAGCAAGCGAAUGAUCGAUCUACAUAGCUUUGCCCCGGAGCAGACAGUCUCAAGUCUGCGGGAUCUCUGUGUGGAGAAGGUGAUUGAGGACAUUGGUCGCUACUCCGAGCUGCUACGCUAUCUGCCCGAGGAGCUACUCUACGCCAUCUACCUGCGUCUGGUUCAGUCUGGCAAGCAGAUACCUACUCAAUUGGAAAAGAUGAUCAAGGAAUCUGAUUGGGCCGAGUACGCACUAAUGAAUGCUACGACCAAUAACCUCGGCACAAUAGAAGAGACGUUCCAAUAUAAUUAA